AUGAAUUCUACAGGUGACAAGGUAGCUAUUGUUGGUGCCGGCGUGUUCGUCUAUAGAUGUUCUUACGGCAAUGAAACAGAAUAUCAAGAUUUAGCCUUCUCUGGACGUGAUAUCUGGUUAGAUUGGAAUAAGCAGAUUGCCAAUUCCGCUCCGGAGGAUCUACCAAAAGGCUUGACACCACAGGAUCAGCUAUUGGUUUCGAACGGCUUCUUAAGGAUAGCUGGCUCAGGUGAAUUAUCAGAUUUUGAUAGGGAGAGUUUGAACGCGUUGGAGAAGGCUGGACUCAGACACCAUCAGCAUGUUCUCGUAACAGAUAUGCAAAGAUUGUGGGAUAAGGACGCUCAGGAACCAUCGCACUGGAAAGAGAAGGUUCAUGCGUUAGACAAAGCUGGUGGAGGUGGUCUCAAUGGUUUCAUCGAUACUUCAGCGGGAUUUACAUAUGCCGACAAAGCUUGUGCGUGGGCUAGACAUCUCGCGGAGAAGGAGGGAGUCAAGUUUGUGCUUGGCCCUGAAAUCGGUAAAUUUGAUGAACUAUUGGUCGAAGAAGGGAAGGACGAGAAGAAGAUCAAGGGUCUGAGGACGGCCGAUGGAAAAGAGCAUCCUGCGGAUGUCGUGAUCGUAGCUGGAGGAGGGUGGACACCAAGUAUCGUGCCAGAAGUUGAGAGCCUAUUGGAAACCACUGCCGGAUCAGUAAUCACCAUAACUUUACCCCAAGACAGACAAGAUUUAUGGGAUAAGUUCUCCCCUGAGAAGUUUCCAGUGUGGGCUUAUGGGUGGAUGGGAAAGAGCAGUCCGGAAUUUGGAGGUUUCUACGGCUUCCCUCGUACUCCCGAGGGUAAGAUAAAGAUUGGUUACCGAGGUCGAAAAUGGACCAACUUUCAAACACAUCCUAAGACUGGCAAACUUCUCUCAAUACCAAUCACCAAAUACACCGAGGAAAAGGCUUCCAACCUUCCGAAGAAGGCGAUUGAUAAUAUCAAGAUAGUGAUCGGUGAAUUAUUCCCGGAGUUGAAGAUAAGUCUGUCUACUGCUUUGUAA